UAUAAACCCCCUGACAUCCUCUUGCUCUUUCUCAGUACCACUAGUCUUUCGCCUGCAGAUACCGUCGCUCCAUCCGCUGCAGUCCGGUCCUGCAUAUUAAGGGAACACACCUGCAGUCCUCCGACAAUAGAGAAAUCAUUCGGUGUAAUAUCUACAGGAGAAGAAGCCGAUAAAGAUGAGUUCCGCGUGCCUGGUCCUCCAGCAGCCGUCCUUCAGCGCAGCACCGUGGUCGCGCCCGCUGCCAGUGAGCAGCAGCUCGGACACAAACGGCAGCCAGACGACACUCUGGAGACCAUGGUUAUCCAGCGACAAAGAUGGACCAGACCGAUGCCCACGGAGCAAGCUGUCCUGUCCUUACUCCAGACCCACACUGCCAGGCUGCCUCUCAUCAGAUGGGAAACCUCAGGCCUUCCAGCACCCUGUCAGGCUGUUCUGGCCCAAAUCCAAGUCAUUUGACUAUCUGUACAGGGACGGAGAGGCUCUGCUGAGGAACUUCCCCAUUCAGGCAACCAUCAGCUUCUAUGAAGAGUCUGACAGUGAAGAUGAGGAUGACGAGGACUGGGAGGAGGACGGUGACUCUGAGGAGUGUCUAAAACAGCAGCAGUCUCAUUUCACCUCAUACAACUGAGUAAGAGGGAGCAUCUCUGUCUUCCUGUGAAACGGCUGUAGAGACUGUAAUCUGCAUUUUGCCUGCAUCGACCGUUUCUGCACACUUGAUUGUUUUAAACUGCAUUUUAAAAGGUGCACAGGACAUUUUAUAGAUUAGAAUAAACUCAGCAACGUGGUAGGUGACAAACAAAAGAAGUCACAAGAGAACUAAUCUACUGCUUGUUUUAAAAAUCAGCAUGAUUGUGUUUAAAGAUUGUGUCUGCCUGCAAACCUCCCUAACGGGUGUCAACAGUAUGGCCCUCAUCCUGUGUUGCCUACCUAGAGGUGUUCAUAAUCCAGCAACACUAGGGCAACAGAUUUUAACAUAUAAGGGGAGGUGAAUGUUGCUCAAACUAAUGCAUACAGUUACUCAGAAUUACGGCGUCCCAUUUCCAUUGUAAUCUCUGUGUAGUUGAAUGGUCUCACAUCGCCUGUUGUCUGUGCUGCACACAGCUGUGCAGCACACAGCUGUGCAGCAGUAUGCAGUAUCUGCUACAUAAUGUUUUCUCAGUGUGUAUGACGAGAGAGGAAAGCCACGCGUCACGUUCUCCCAUAUUGGGACACUAUGUUAUGUUUAAAGUCAAUCUCAGGGUCUGAACCUUGCCAGUGUAUAUAUAAUGUAAUCUACGCACAUUUCUAACUUAUGUUGUACAUUGUACAUAACUUGUACAUAAACACAUGUUUACAUCGACUUAUUUUUUUUUUAUACAUUUGUGCAUCAGUCUCAUUUUGUACUGUCCAAUCACUGUCCAGACUGAGGUUGUAUUAAAAAACUA